UCAGGGGAAGGUGAGCGGCAAAUUUGAUGCACUUCCGUUCAUUGUUGAGUGGUUUUAUUUUGGCGCUUAGGGUUCUUAUUUGCGAUUCCUUCAUCUCCUCGCUUGCGGAUUCCCAGAAACAUUGUCCUCCAAGGUGAGUGAUCAAAGCUUGAAAGCUCUGUAUCUCUGGCGAUGGCGGAACAUUGUUAGUUAAUUCGAUUACUAGGGUUCGGAGUUCUGAGUAUUAUCAUUUGCUUAAGCCGAUACCCAUAUUAAAAAGGACUGUCCUUUAGUCAGACCAGACAGUUUGAACUCGAUGGAUAAGCUAGAUUCGUGUUUCGACGAGGCUGUGAUGAAGCUUGUCGAAAUGGGUUUUACAAAACCGGAUGCUGUGGAAGCUGUAAAAGCUGUAGGGAAGUCAUGUGGUGACGCUGUUGAGUAUCUUCUGAAUAGAACUGGUGGAUUCUCUUCUGCUAGUUCACUAUGUUCUACAAAGAGUAAUAGUAACAAGACCCUUGGCAAGAGAGCUUUGCCCUCUUCGUUUUCCUCCGGUUCAAUGCGACAGUCGAGUCUGUUUGACCAUUUUAGAUCCGUGGAUCGGAACAAGAAGAAAGGUGGCAGCUUUGGGACUUCAGUAGUGUCUGAUCCUUCAGAAGAGAUGAUAAAGCCUCCUCCUUUGGUGUUUACUGAGUCAAGUGGUUGCUCAGAGGCUUCAUCAACUUGGGAGAAAAGAGUUGAUUCCAUUCUACGAAUCCGGUUUGGUAUUUCGUCUCUGAAAAGUUUCCAAAGGGAGGCUUUGUCAACAUGGGUUGCUCAUAAGGACUGUCUUGUUCUAGCUGCAACAGGAUCUGGAAAAUCUCUUUGCUUCCAGCUUCCUGCAUUACUGACGGGAAAAGUUGUUGUCGUGAUCUCGCCAUUGAUAAGCCUGAUGCAUGAUCAGUGCCUUAAGCUAUCAACGCACAAAGUCUCUGCUUGUUUUCUUGGUUCAGGCCAACUUGAUAAUCGUAUAGAACAGAAGGCAAUGCAGGGAAUGUAUCAGAUCAUAUAUGUCUGUCCUGAGACAGUGGUUCGACUGAUUAAACCACUCCAGAAGCUUGCCAAAACUCAUGGAAUUGCUCUUUUUGCUAUUGAUGAAGCUCAUUGCGUAUCAAAGUGGGGACAUGAUUUUCGUCCGGACUAUAGGAAACUAUCUAUGUUGCGGGAAAACUUUUGUGUCAGCAGUUUGGCAUUCUUGGAGUAUGAUGUGCCGAUAAUGGCAUUGACUGCAACAGCCACAGCUCACGUACAGGAAGAUAUUCUUCAGUCACUUCACCUGUCAAAGGAAACAAAAACUGUUCUCACUUCAUUUUUCAGGCCAAAUUUGCAAUUUUCAGUUAAACAUAGUCGAACAAAGUCUGCAGCUUCAUAUGCAAAAGACUUCCAGAACUUAACUGACUUAUACUCUGGAAAGAGAAAGGCUACCGGGAAAAAGCUAGCAGUAAUCUCAUUAGAGUCAGAGGGGCAGAAUGAUUUUGGUUAUCACGAUGCUGAAAGCAUUCAUGAGACAGAUAACGAUGAUGAUGAUGAAGAGGAUCCGGAGAACUCUUUGGCAAAGCAAAACAGUUCAAAUGGGAAAGAAAUGUCAGAAGAGUAUCUGGAAGAUGAGACCGACAUCUUCCAGAGUGUUGACGAUUGGGAUGUUGCUUGUGGCGAGUUCUGUGCAAUGUCUCCUUGUGAUGUCCUGGAUAUUCCUGAUCCUUCCGGAAAGCAGACACCUGACGAAUGUGGACACAAUCAUAGUAACAAGGCGAAGAAUCUUGAAGGACCGACAAUUAUUUACGUUCCUACAAGAAAGGAGAGUGUAAACAUUGCAAAGUAUCUCUGUGGGGUUGGACUGAAGGCUGCAGCUUAUAAUGCAAAGUUGCCAAAAAAACAUCUGAGACAAGUUCACCAAGAAUUUCACGAAGAUAAGCUGCAGGUUGUUGUUGCCACAAUUGCGUUUGGAAUGGGAAUUGACAAGAAAAAUGUCCGGAAAAUCAUCCAUUAUGGUUGGCCGCAGAGCUUGGAAGCUGUUGGGGAAAGUCACACGGCGCAUCCACUCAAAAAUCCACUAUAUACAACGGUUAGAGACAAUGAAACGCCCAAGAGAAAGGAAACCACGAAGAGAACGAUCACGUCAACAGCAACGUCCUUUGAAGUUACAGAAGAAUCUUCCAUGGAAAAGCAAAGAAUAAACCUCUCUCAAGUUCGUUCUUCUUUGCUCUCAGUCCCAUGUUCAGGCAGAGACGUCGAGCCAUAGAGAAGCUGAAGCUAGUGAAUGAGGCUUUGGUUGCUGCGGAAGAGAAUGUUGCGAGGCUCCAAGAGCGCCAUGAUGUGAUUCUCAAAGAGAUAUGUUCUUAUUACCUCGUUAACUCCGAGCUACAAGAAGCUUUGGUUGCAGCUCGAGCAGCCGUUGAUGUUGCUUCAGGUUUUGUCAUAGAGCUUAGAAGAUUACAGUUGAAUUUAUUAAACUCACUUUCUUAAUGUAUGUUAAACACACGUAUUAAUGGUGAUUGGAUUAAUUAAUUAAAGAUAUAGCAUGA